AAUUCCCCGAGAUCACUCUUGCUUCAUCUGUACUUUUCUUCUGCUGCAAAUGGUUGCAACGUAUUUCAACUGAAUUGGGACUGAAGAGUGAAUUCCCCUGGAGUUCCCGCAACAGGUCUCGUUCUUAAGAUAUGCUGCUUCAUGCUUUCUACACCCUGGUGCUGGGAGUGUCACUGGUGAAGCCGUCAGAUCCUGAGACAUGCAGAUGUGAAGAGAAAGUCAACAUCUGCCCUGUGGUUCCUGGCAUGAAUGGAUUGCCAGGAACCCCAGGGAGUAAUGGCUUACCAGGAAGAGAUGGGAAGGAAGGACCUCCAGGGCCAAAAGGAGACCCAGGAUCAAAAGGAAUACAGGGACCCCGGGGAAAAGCUGGACCUCCUGGCUCAAUCGGAGAUCGAGGGCUGAAAGGGGAAAAAGGAGAUAAUGCAGGUAAAGAGUUUGAUGUUCUUAAAGCUCAGAUUCAUGAUUUACAGGCAGAGCUGAAGAUCCUGAAAGCUUUAAGGAAGAACCAGGAAGGUAAGACAGAUCAGUCUAAUUAGGUACAUUUGCAAAGA